AUGGUGCUGUUGAAGAUAAAGUUCACCCAGCAGCGGCGGGUGCAUCUGGCCCAGGGUCUGUGGCUGUUGUCCUGGAUGGCAGUGAUGUGGGGGGCCAUCAUCUUUUGUCUGGGGGUUUACCUUAAGACAGAGCUGCUCCGCAGGGAUGAGGUGAUGGACAACACAGAGAUCCAUGUGGUGCCCAACAUCCUGAUGAUGGUGGGCCUGGCCUCCAUCGGCACCAACUGGGUUGCUAGUCGUGUGUGUCAAGACUCCAUGGACGCAACCCGCUUCCCCCGUUGGAAAGUCCUCCUGCUGGUUUGGUUUGCUGUAGCUGCAGUGCUCUGUUGUCUGCUCAUCGCUGUUGUGGUGCUCAGCUUUGCCCUGCAGGGAAGGCUGGAGGAGUCCCUGAAGGUCGGCCUGAGGAAUGGCAUUCGGUUCUACAAGGACACAGACGUACCGGGCCGUUGUUUUCAGAAAGAGACCAUCGAUCGUCUGCAGAUGGAGUUUCGCUGUUGUGGAAACAAUAACUUCAAGGAUUGGUUUGAAGUUCAGUGGGUCAGCAGCAGAUACCUAAACUUCACCUCCAAGGAAGUCAAAGAUCGUAUCCGGAGUAACGUCGACGGCCGUUACCUGUUGGAUGGCAUUCCUUUCAGCUGCUGUAACCCCUCCUCCCCUCGCCCCUGCCUGCUGUACCACCUGACAGAUAACAACGCCCACUACAGCUAUGACUACCAUUCAGAGGAACUCAACGUGUACAGCCGCGGCUGUAGGCAGGCUCUGACCGACUACUACAUGCAGCUGAUGAACUCAACCGGUCCUGGUGUGCUGUCAGUCAUCCUGAUACAGAUAUCAGUGCUUCUGAGCAUGCGGUAUCUGCAGACAGCCAUGGAAGGAGCCAUGGGUCUGGAGGACCCCGAGGGUGAGAGUGAGGGUUAUCUCCUGGAGAAGGGUGUGAAGGAAACCUUUGAGGACCUCAAAGUCAAUGCCCUCACCAUGCUAAAGUUUGGGCAGGUUGACCCCAACGACACGGAAGGAUCCUCUGAGGCUGCUGAGAAAGAUGCGUCCCCUACUCCUGCCAGUUAGAUGGGAAAUGAUUUAAAUAUGAGCUGAGGGGGAAGGGAUGCAGUGUUGAGGUUUCUUGGUUGUGUGAGUUGGCAGGUGGCGGCUACAACACCAAUGCAGAAGCCGCAGCUCCCUUCGCACAUGGCCAGAACAAGGCAACAAAUAGGGAAUCUUAUCAGACCCUGCACAGACAACAAAACAAACAUCUCCUCUGUGCUUGACCUCAUGAAUAUGUAACCAUGUGUUCAGGAGAUGUGUAGUAUUUGUUGUUGUAACUAGAAGAGAGUAAAUUCAGUUUAAAGGGUUGUAGCGUUCACACACAUAUUUAACACAUUUUAACAUUUGGCACAAAUUUGGCUAAACUGCAAUGAAAUGCUUAGAAACCUGUUAAAAUGACACAUGAAUUAUAUAUUAAAGGUAGACGUUUUUAACUGCUUUGUAGUGUCGGCUUCCUUUUGUACAUGCAACAAUAGAGCAGGGAAUUUCUCUGAGUAUGGGUUAUCUGAGUUCAGCAAGGAGAGUUGGAUUAAAUAUGUGUAUGUAUUUUGUGCAUGAGUAAGUGUGGUGCCCUAGAUGAAGCUGUCAUCUUGUCUAUUCUGGCAGCUCGGCAACAAUCUGAUAAUCCUGGUGUGGUUAAUCCAAACACUGCUGUCCAAGCAGUAUCAGCAAACACUGCCAGCGCACGU